AUUACAGGACCGGCCCGUGCUUCACCUUGGUGACCAACCAGAUGUGCCAGGGGCAGCUCAGCGGCAUCGUGUGCACCAAAACCCUCUGCUGCGCCACAGUGGGAAGAGCUUGGGGACACCCCUGUGAAAUGUGCCCAGCCCAGCCCAGCCCUUGCCGAAGGGGAUUCAUCCCAAACAUCCGCACAGGAGCUUGUCAAGAUGUGGACGAAUGCCAAGCUAUCCCUGGGAUUUGUCAAGGAGGAAAGUGCAUUAAUGCAGUUGGAUCUUUUGAGUGCAAAUGCCCAGCUGGACAUAAGUUUAAUGAAGUGACACAGAAAUGUGAUGAUAUCGAUGAAUGCAGCACCAUUCCUGGCAUCUGCGAAGGGGGCGAAUGUUCUAACACCAUCAGCAGUUACUUUUGCAAAUGUCCUUCCGGUUAUGCCACAACCUCAGAUGGCACCGGCUGCAUUGGUGAGUAUAUUGCCACCGUUAAUUUCACUCAAGCCAACUUAUGCCAGGUAUAUCAAAAUCUUUGCAUUAAUGGACGCUGCAUCCCAACUCCUGGAAGUUACCGUUGUGAAUGCAAGAAAGGGUUUGAAUUGGACAUUAGAGGCGAAUGCAUAGAGGAAUAUCAUGGUCUUUGUAGCAGUGGGCCAGGAAUUACAGCAUCAGGAAAUGAUAUCAAUGAAUGUGCGUUGAAUCCUGACAUCUGUCCCAAUGGAGUCUGUGAAAAUCUGCGUGGAACAUAUAAAUGCAUAUGUAACUCUGGAUAUGAGGUGGAUUCAACUGGCAAAGUCUGCUUAGACAUCGAUGAAUGUGCUGUGAAUAGGCUGCUUUGUGACAACGGGCUAUGCAGGAACACCCCAGGAAGUUUCACGUGUACCUGCCCCAAAGGAUUUGUUUACAAACCUGAUCUGCAAACAUGUGAAGAUCCAAUAUGUGCAAAAGGAUACUCAAGGAUAAGAGGAAAUCAGUGUGACGAUGUCGAUGAGUGUGUAGUGUUUCCUGGGGUGUGCACCAAUGGCCAUUGUGUUAACACGAUGGGAUCCUUCAUCUGUCAGUGUCCCAGUGGAAUGAUCUUGGACGCAACUGGACGGAGAUGUAUUGAUAUUCGCUUGGAGUCCUGCUACUUGAGACAUGAUGAUGAGGAUUGCACCUCGCCCAUCGGAGGCCGACACCGCCUGGAUGCUUGCUGCUGUUCUGUUGGGGCCUCCUGGGGACCCGACUGUGACGAAUGUCCCAUAAGGUCCACCCCUGAAUACGAAGCUCUUUGCCCAAGAGGACCAGGAUUUUCCACCAGAGGAGAAGUUGUCAAUGGGAAGCCUUUCUAUAAAGAUAUCAACGAAUGCAAAAUGAUUCCAAGAUUGUGCACCUAUGGAAAAUGCAGAAACACCAUUGGUAGCUUCCGGUGUAAAUGCGACAAUGGAUUUGCACUUGAUUCUGAUGAGAGGAACUGUACAGGAAAUCAGGAGUCCAGGCGGUUCAAAUGA